GUAUUUUACACAAAGUGAAUAUUUAUCAUUAAAAUAGAAGUCUGCAUAGAAAAUAUAUUAUUCUAAAUAGAUUUACCUUUGUCUAUUUUUUUGGUAUUUUCCAAAUAUAUUUUGUAGAUAACUAUGAUGUUCAAACAUAUAAAAAAAGAUUCUCACUUCUCUGGUGCUAAUCAUAGGGUUCGUUUUACAAAAGUGCAGUGAGAAUUUCCUGUUUUGUGAUAUCCGGAACAUUUUAGAAGCUGGUCAUUUUACAGCUCCUUGCUCAUACUACACAUAUGUGGCUCACCAACAGGUGAUCAAGAACAUUAUUUAAAUAUGCAAUUUUUCUUUUAAAUUUCCUCAUCUGCGUCUUUGAAUUCCAUAGCCUCCAGCUCAACUCUGAUCCAGCGGCGCUCUUCUCCAGACAGCACUCAUCUGGGCCUUCCCUGAAUCAGCCUUGGAGCAUCAUUUCUCAUGGCAGCAUUUUCUCCAGGACUCAUCAUAGAACUCCAGGAAGACUCCGACUGCUGUUCUUGUCCAGAAAAGUGGAUUGGGUAUCGAUGCAGCUGUUAUCUUAUUUUGAAUGAAGAAAAAACUUGGGCAGAAAGUAGAAAUUUCUGUGCUUCUCAGAAUUCCAGUCUGCUUCAGCUGAAAAGCAGAGAUGAAUUGGAUUUUUUGAACUACCAUCGACAGUUUUACCGGCUUGGGAUCUCUUAUAAUGAAACACAUGGCACUUGGUUGUGGGAGGACGGCUCUACUCCCUCUCAGGAUCUGUAAGUUUCUGGUAGUCAGAUACCUUUUCUGUUCUCUGUGACUUAAUACUUGGAUCUCAUCAGCACAGGUACCACCUAGGUGCACUACAACAAAGGUAAACUGUCCAGGCCACAAGAUGACAGAAAAGAGAAUGGUGCAACUAAAUACAAUUUUAGCCCAACUCAGAAAUUCCAAGUCCUUGCUCAAGUGAUAUGAAAGUUGAUGUAGUUAUGUCAAUGAAGAACUUUUAAUAUAUGACUUUUUGGUUUUUUUGUUUGUUUGUUUUGCUUUGGUACAAACACAUAGUAUGUGCAUGCAUACAAUCUUGCAUACAUAGAGGAAACCCAUGAAAGUGGUAUAUGCUUUAUUCUGAUGGUGUCCAAAUUUGUGAGCCUUCUCCCAUAUUUCAAAUAUUCUCACAUUGUCAUUGUUGUUGUUAGGUGCUAUCGAGUUAGUUCUGACUCAGAGCAACCCUAUAUACAACAGAAGGAAACACUGCCCAGUCCCGUGCCAUCCUCACAAUCAUGGUUAAGCCUGAGUCCAUCAUUACAGCUACUGUGUCAAUUCAUCUCGUUUUUAAGUGCCUUCCAACCUGAGGGGCUCAUCUUCCAGCACCAUGUCAGGCCAGUGUUCUGCUAUUAUUCAUAAGAUUUUCACUGGCCAAUUUUUUUAGAGGAAAUUGCCAGGUCCGUCUUCAUAACCUGUCUUAGCCUGGAAGCUCUCUUGAAACCUCUUCACCAUGGGUGACCCUGCUGGUAUUUGAAAGAUGUGUGGCAUAGCUUCCAGCAUCACAGAAACACACAAGCCAUCACAGUAUGACAAUCUGACAGAUGAGUAGUGGAUCCUGGGCUUAUCUUCUAUAUUCGUGUAGUCUUUUCAUAUCAUUGUUACUUCUAAACAUGGGACUUGCAACAUCACGCAGAGACAAAUUGCACACUUUGAUUUGUCUUCCUAGGCUAGAUUAGCCAAUACAUCUUUGAACAAAAUAUAAGUAAAAUAUAUCAUACAUAAAAGCCAUUAAAGACAACAGAAAUUACAAAGAAUCAAAAAAAUCCCUGGCCUCGAUCCUAUGAUUAUUGAGGAGAUGACUCAUUUUUAUGUAACUUUGUACUCUGAAAUCAUAAAAAUUGUGGUUGUUAAAUGAAAAACAUAAUAAAUGAAUGCCUUAGUGUAUUAUUAUGUCAUUCCAACACUUAAAAAUUCUAUUGUUUAAUCAAAAACAACAUUAUCCUAAGCAUUCUCAUUUCUUUUUCUUACAUGUCAACAUUUUCUUCUUCGUUGCAGAUUUUCAUUCUUUCAAACUUUAGACCCAAAGAAGUGCAUAGUGCAUAGUCCAAACAAAGAGAUAUUGGAUGAACCCUGUGGGGGGAAAAGGCCUUAUAUCUGUGA